GCCUAUUGUAGUUUUGUUUGUUCAUCAUAUUUCAUAUGCUUUUCAAUCUCCCUUCUAAUUACUUCCCUGCAUGUGUUAGAGGAAUCCGGCCGAUCGAAUUCCGGUCAUAUCAAUAUAUGGCUUGAUAGAUGGCUUCUACCUCUUCUUCUGCUACUGCUUCGCCAUCCACUCAGGGAUGGACCUAUGAUGUUUUCUUGAGUUUUAGAGGUCCAGAUACUCGUAAAACUUUUAUAGAUGUCCUUUAUGAGUCGUUAGAAUGUAGAGGGAUUCGCACUUUCAAAGAUGACAAUCGACUGGAGAAAGGAGACUGCAUCUCUCUGAGCCUACCAAAUGCUAUUCGAGAAUCAAAGUUUUUUAUCCCAGUCUUCUCCAAAGGCUAUGCUUCUUCAAAAUGGUGUUUGGAAGAACUUGCAACAGUCAUGGAAUGCCAAAAAAAGGAGCAAAUUGUGGUGCCAAUUUUCUACCACGUAGAACCUUCAGAUGUCCGGAAACAGGAAGGAAGUUUUGGAAAUUCGUUCAAAGAAUCGGUUGAAAGAUUUGAGGAGGAGAAGGUAAAAAGAUGGAAGAAAGCCUUAAAAAAGGCUGGCGAACUCAAAGGGCAUCAUUUGAAGAAUGACUAUAACGAAUACGAAGCAACAUGUGCAAAAGAAGUUGCCGUCGACUUACAUGCUCGAUUGAAUAAUGCAUCGCUAGCCUAUGAGGUGAACUUAGUGGGGUUGCAAUCUAGAAUUAAUAACAUUGUUAACUGGUUGAGAUUUACAUCUAAUGAUGCUGAUGCUGAUGCUGAUGCUCGGUUCUGUGGCAUUUGUGAUAUGGGAGGUAUGGGUAAGACAACAAUUGCAAUGGUUGUUUUUAACAGAUUUCUCCACCAAUUUGAUGGAGCUUGUUUUCUUAACAAUGUUAGACAACACAAUGUCAUUGAAUUGCAAAAGACACUGUUAACAAAAAUCCUCAAGGAAAAGUCAGGAGUAGAAAUAAGCAAUGAUCUCAAUGGAAGGGCGAUGAUAAGGAAGAGGCUUCAAGAGAAAAAAGUGUUGAUUGUUCUUGAUGAUGUAGACAACUAUCUGAAACAAUUAGACAAUUUAGCAGGAGGUCGUGAUUGGUUUGGUAGGGGUAGUAGAGUGAUUAUAACUACAAGAGAUGCAGCAGUAUUUCGUUCCCUUGGAGUUAAUAAAAAGUAUAUUCACUCAGUACACAAAUUGGGAGAGGAGGAAGGUCUUCAACUAUUUAGAUCGUAUGCCAUUAAAUUAAAAGCUAACACUGGUGUGGAACAAUUCUGUCGACCAGUUGUGCGUUAUUGUGAAGGUCUUCCAUUAGCUCUUAAAGUUUUGGGAUCUUCUCUUUCUGGACUAGAGGCUACUGAGUGGGAAAGCAUUUUAAAGGAUCUCAAGAACACCUUCAACCCUGAAAUUCAUAAGAUACUUGAGAUAAGUUAUGAUAGACUAGAUUCCAAAAAUAAAAAAAUCUUUUUAUAUAUUGUAUGUUUUUUCAGACACGAGGAGGAAAAACAUGUAAAAGACUUGCUUGAAAGUUGUAAUUUGCUACCAGCCUUGGGUUUGCGUGUGCUUAUAGAAAAAUCUCUUAUAUCAGUCGAAGAAGGAAAAAUUGAGAUGCAUGAUCUAAUCCAAGAAAUGGGUUGGCAUAUUGCAAGACGUGAGUUAGCUAUGAAUCCUAGGAGCAGGAUUUGGGAGUUUAAGGAGGUUGAUGAUGUGUUACGCGGAAAUAUGGACUCUACUGAACACAUAGAAUGUAUUGUAUCCCCCUAUACAUGCGGAUUUAUGUGGGAAAAAGAUGAGAAUAUUAGCAGUGCCUUUAAAGCUUUGAAGAUACUCAUAGGUAAACGGUCAUACAAUAAAGAGGAUAAUAAUUUUGACCUUGUUGUCAAGAAUAAUUAUCAGCUUCCUAGCAGCUUGGAAUUUAUUCAUUUCCCACAUUAUCCUUUCCCUUCAUUACCCACAAGUUUUCAUCCCGACGGUAGGAUAACUAAGGAAAUAAACAAGAUUACCUAUUUGAAUCUUAGCUCUUCCAAAGAUUUGCUAGAAAUUCCAAAUUUUGAUAUGAUGCCGAAUUUGAAAAGAUUAUACCUUUCAAAUUGUUACAAUUUAAAAGAGAUUCAUGCAUCUAUUGGACAUCUUAAGAGGCUUGUUUUAUUGGAUUUAAGUUAUUGCCGUAAUCUAAAGGAGCUUCCCUGCUUCGUUCAAGUUUCAUUUCUUCAGUUUCUUAAGCUUGAACAUUGUAGCGCAUUACAAAAUUUUCCAGAAAUCAAGACAAGUAUGGGAUAUGUAGUGGAGCUGAAUUUAGAAUCCAUUGGAAUUAGAGAACUCCCCUCAUCGUUCCGACAACUAUGUGGGCUCACCAAGUUACGCUUGUUUGGUUGUGAUGAUCUUGUCUCUCUUUCUGAUGAAUUAUGUGAGUUGGAAAGUCUUAAAAUUCUUGAUAUUAGAGAAUGUUACCAAUUAGAGUUAUUGCCAGAAAACAUAGGCAACUUGUCAAAAUUGGAAGAGCUUCAUAUAUUUGGCACUGCCAUUUUUCAACUCCCAUCUUCAAUAACCCGGUUGAGCUCACUUGAAUGCUUGUGUUGGGGAAACAACCCGGAGGGAAACAACCCGGAGUUUGAUGAAGAAGAGAGAAGGCUCAAAUUUGUGCCUAGUGUAUCAGGUUUGUGCUCACUGAAAAGGCUACAACUCUCUGAUUUUAAUGCAAUCGACGAAGGACUCCCUUCAGAUCUUGAAUACUUGGUCUCGUUAGAAUACUUGUGUCUCCGGGGAAGCAAUUUUGUUGAUUUACCUGACUUCAGUCAACUCCCUCGCCUUCAAUAUCUUGACAUCAAAGGUUGUGGACAACCUAAAGGGCUCCCAGAAACUACAAGAGAACUUGAAGAGCAAACAGAUCUCCCAGAACUCCCAGAAACUACAAGAGAACUUGAAGAGCAAACUGAUCUCCCAGAAACUACAAGAGAACUUGAAGAGCAAACAGAUCUCCCAGAAACUGCAAGAGAACUUGAAGAGCAACCAGGUCUCCCAGAACUCCCAGAAACUGCAAGACAACUUGAAGAGCAACCAGGUCUCCCAAAACUCCCAGGAACUACAAGAGAACUUGAAGAGCAACCAGGUCUCCCAAAACUCUCAAAAACUACAAGAGAGCUAUAUGCAGAUUUUCGUUUUGCCUCUAGAAGAAACAUAACUAAGUUAUUAGCAGAGUGCCCAGAAUUGCAUGCAGUCGCAUUCUGUUAUGAUGAUAAUCAUCCAUUUAUGGUGCCGCCAGAGUAUUUUUUAGCUCGGAUGUGUAUUCGUUUUCCGCUUCCUAGAGUUCCAAGAAACACUCCUUUCAGUGUUAGCUAUUCACUAGCGGAUGAUACUCCUGAUGUCGGUGCCUUGAGAUCAUUCCAAUACCGAUGCUAUCAGUCAAAUAGCAUUUCCAUUGAUCUCAUCAAACGCUCUUGGUAUUGUAGAAGGUUUGCCGGAUUUGCUGUAUAUUUCAUCUCUUCGGGAUUUGAUAUGUGGGGACCACACGCCGACAAAGACAUUCAUUGUGUUCAGCAUUGCACAGUCAUAGCUAAAUUGUCACACAAAAAUAAUAGAAAAGCUCUCCCAACAGAAUGUGUGAUUGCCAAUGCGAACGACUGUACAUAUGGGGAAAUCGGACACACAUGCUUUGCCUACAUACCAUUUAGUAGUUUGUGCCCUGAAUCUAGUGUAAACCCAGAUGAUUUUUCAAGAUUUGAGGUGAAAUUUAUGAAUUUAGAAGCAACUGCAGAUUGGGGUUGUAGUUUGUUAUACUACCAAAGUAGCAAAAGACUAGCAAGUCCGGAGGAUAUUUGUUCAUGUACUCAUACACUAGCAAGUGGGGAGGUUAUUUGUCCAGAAUGCACAAUUGAUGAUAUGGGACCCUUUCACAAGUUGGAAUACAUGAAUCUCAGCGGAUUCAAGUUUAUGAAAUUUCAAAAUUUGACUGGGUUCAUCAGCAGAUUCCGUGUUAUUCAAUUUCUUGACAUCAGUGGUUGUGCAAGAGUUAGAGAGCUACCAGAAUUGGCACCUACUAUAAGGGAACUAUAUGCACCAUAUAAUAGAUGUUUGGACUUGGAAAACUACAUAGCUGAAUUGGCAACCAAGUAUUCAGAAUUAUAUUCUGUCUCAUUCUCUUUUUCUAUGCAUGUCAAUGAUGACAUAGCCUUUCUAAAACCUGAGGAGUUGGCUAAGAAGUUUAUUCCUAUCACACUGCCUUUUCUAAACAGAAAUACUCCUUUUGCUGUCACCUAUCCUUUUCACACUUGGAGUGAUGAUUAUAAUAUGGGCAGAUGUUUCAAAUAUCCUCACAAUGAUUCAAACAAGAUCUCCAUUUCUCUGGAUCCCACUUGGUACAAUCAUAACUUUGUAGGGUUCGUUGUAUGUUUUCGCUUUCCAAUAAAAGUGAGUUGGGAGUCACACCCAGAUAUUCGACCUUUUAGGCAUUGUAAACUCAUAACCAAACUUACACACAAAGAUAAUGGAAGUGAACAUCCUCUCCAAACCGAAUGUUUGAUUGGCAGACUAUAUGAUGAGGAAUUUGAUGAUGGCUUUGACGAUACGGAACUUGUAUGCUUUGCGUACAUACCGUUUAGUAGUCUGUGGCCUAAAUCUAAGGCUAUCACGGAUACUACUACUCCCAAUCAUUAUUUGGUAUUCGAGGCAGCAUUUCAAGAGUUGGAAUUUUCAAACCAUUUCAAUGCCGAAGAUUGGGAAAUUUCAACAGAUUGGAGUUGUAGUUUGCUGUAUAAAGAUGAUAAAUCAUUAAUUGAAGAAUUACAGCGAAAAAGGGAGAAUGGUUCUAGCGAGAGUGAUUCAGAUGAAGAUGAAGAAGAAGAAGAAGAAGAAGAAGAAGAAGAAGAAGAUGAAGAAGAAGAUGAAGAUGAAGAAGAAGAAGAAAAUGAAGAAGAAGAAGAGAAAGAGGAAGGAUCACAACAUACAAAAGAUAAUGGUGGAGAAGAGGACAACAAUCCCGUGGUAGGACAUAGUGCUAAAUCGCCUAUCAAUAUAAAUGAUGAUGAAUUAGAACUUUCAGAAUAUGAUGAUUCUGGAGAAGAAUGUGAAUCAAUUGAUGGUGAUGAAGAUGUUGAGGAGUAUAAAAGUGAUGCAGGACAUAGUUCAGGUCCAAAUAGAACCAAACUGUGGGAUAUUGUAGAUCAAGUUCAGUGCCGAAUAGUUUCCAUGCCAAAGUGUUCUGAUGCUAAGAUUGCCCGGCUUCUUUAUACAAAUUCUGGUGUUAGCAUCUUGGCUCUUAGUUCAGAUGGUAUUCAAAAACUAUGGAAAUUGCCCAACAAUGAACAAAAUCCAACCGGAAAGGCCACUGCCAAUUCUAUUCCACAACAUUGGCAACCAAGUGGUCGUCUUAUGGUUAAUGAGGUGGAUGUCAACCUCGAGAAAGUAGUUCCUUGCAUAGCCCUCUCAAAUGAUGACUCAUAUAUUGUGUCAUCCGUUGGUGGAAAGGUUUCAUUGUUUAACAUCAUGACAUUUGAGAUAAAAGAAACAAUCACAUCGUUGCCAUCUGCAUCAACUUUCCUAGCUUUUGAUCCUCAUGACGAUAACAUUAUUGUAAUUGGUACGGAGAAAUCAACCAUAUAUAUAUAUGAUAGGAUAGAUAAGGACUUGAACGAACUUGGAGAACACCAGAAACCUAUCACUGGUCUAGCAUUCUCUACCGAGCUUAAAUUGCUGGUUUCAUCGGAUGCUGAUGCCCAGCUUUGUAGCUGGAACACUCGUUUAUGGAAAAAGAAAAUAUCAGUUCGCGUCCAGUUGCCUACGGGUGAAGUGUGUUCAGGUGACACACAUGUGAUGUUCCAUAUUGACCAAUUCCACUUACUAGUUACACAUGAAACGCAAUUGGCAAUAUAUGAUGCAUCCAAGAUGGAGCUCAAAAACCAGUGGAUCCCACAUGGUUCCUUUUCUGCACCAAUCUCUUCUGCUACAUACUCUUGCAAUUGCCAACUAAUAUAUGCAUCCUUUAAAGACGGAAAUAUUGGAGUGUUUGAUGCACAUAGGUGGUUAAGACCGAGAUGUCGUAUUGCUCCAUCUGCUUAUUUAUCUCAGGCCGUAUUGAAUAGAAAUGAGGGUGUGUAUGCAGCUGUGAUUGCAGCGCAUCCACAAGAACCCAACCAACUUGCAUUUGGAUUGACAGAUGGGUCUGUUAAAGUUAUUGAACCAUUAGAAUCUGAAGGAGAGUGGGGUAUUAAAAUUUUAAAUGAGAGUGAACGGAGUCCUGCUAAUGAAGAUUGUGAAACUGAAGAGAGAUUGGCGUUGACUCAACUUGAGCUAGCUACUGGGGAAGCAGAACAGAGUGAACAGACUCCUGCUAAUGAAGACCGUGAAGCUGAAGUUGAGGAAAAUCAAUGUGCGCUUAUAUGGUGUUUUUGGCAAUGUUGCUCAGUUGUUUUACAGGGCAUUCAGAGACGUGGGUAAUGCUGGUGUCUUUUGAGGUGUGUUUGGAGUACAAUGGCAGUGUUUUUGCUAUGUGAUUGCAGGGUGUUUUGCUCUCAAGUGUGGUUGAAAUUUCAAGUGUGUUGGCGCUAUUUUUGCAUUGGGCUUUGUAGCAUGUGUGAUAUCUGAUCUUCCACCAUUUCUUUCAAUUCAAAGGUUUCUGGUGUGCUUGGUUAUGAGAUUUUGUUCUUAUUAAUGUUGGCAUGUGGACAGUAGGUUAUGUAAUCCUUGGACUUUAGCCUUGUAGUUAUGGCAUUGUUUGUUGACGAUUUACAUUCGUUUUUAAAUAAGUGAUUUGUGUGUGAAUUUUAUCA